UCUCUCGCGUGCAUCUUCCACAACAAAGACCGAUUAGCCUUCUUCUAACAAAGAAGAGCUCUUUAUUUCCUCUAUUUCUCUCAAAAUACCCAACACUUCAAUACCAAAAAAAAAAAGUAAAACAGGUAGAAAAAAACUGGGAUUAAACCUUUGCUUACUUCCGCUGCUUAUCUCUUUAAUCUGUGAUUUUAUAAUCUAAUUUUUUUAUUAAUUUGAGAGAGAGAAAAAGAAGAAAAGAAACGAUAUUGUUCCUUCCUAUAAUGCCCAAUUUGUUGCGGGCUGGGGUUUUCAUCCGGAUCAACGGAUUGGGGGAAUUUCCCGAAUUGGGAACUGAUUAGUGUUCUGAUCAGAGUAUGAAUGAGCUCAACCUCUCGUUUUUGCAGUAUCGGAUUGAGGAGCUAUUUCUCUCGAGCUUUGGUUUUUAAACAGAUUGCUUAAGGGAAAUGGUUAUUGGAAAGCUUUUGGACGUGGAAGAAGAUUGCUUUCGUGAUUAGUUGCGUAGAUAGUGAUUCAAAAGCUUGAGGAUUUAGUUGUUUUAGACAAAAGGGUGCUUGGGUUUUUAGUGACAAAGUUGGUGGAUGAUUUUGGCCUUGGGUUGUGUUAUUGGGAGAAGAAGGUGAUGAUUCUUUAUUGUGCUGUAAGCAACAGAGAGUAUCAGAUUUUACUUGACUAAUUUUGUUUCUUAAAAACCCAUUUGGUUUAUCAUAGUUUUUGAGCUAGAAUUCUUGAUCAGAAGAGCAUUUCUUGAAGUUAUAUUUCUAUUUUGGGGCAUUGUUGAAGUAGCUUAGGGUAAGAUAAGAGUAGGUUUAGCAGUGAUUGGAGACUUUGCUGCGGUGAUUUUGUCAUUCGAAGUGAUUUGUUUAGUGUUAGAUAGUUGAAUUGGGGCUACAUUUGAGGUUAGGGAGAUUAAAGAGCUUGGUGGAUUUAGGAACUUCUUUGAGCUAUCGAGAGUGACAGGGAGGUCAUGGAGGAACAUUGAAUCUGGAAAUGUAUGCAGAUAUAUGGUGCAUGGAUAGGAGCAUAGUUACUUGUUGUUCUCUUUCUGGAACAUUGCUACUGGAAGAUAAUCCAAGUGUUUUUGCGUUCGGAAGGCAUUAUCGUUUCGUGUUCUAAACUUCUGUGAAAUGUCGCGUUGCUUUCCUUUCCCACCACCAGGAUAUGAAAAGAAGGCUAGGACCAAUGACGUGGACUUGCUAAAUAAGGAGAAACAAAAAGAGAAGAGUCAUAAGGAGAAGAAGAGAGACAAGGACAAGGAGGAGAAGAAGAGAGAAAAGAAAGAAAAAAAGGCGAAAGAUAGAAGCGAUGGAAAGCAAAAGGACAAGGAUAAGAAAGACAAAAAGGAAAAAGACAAAGAUAAAAAGAAGGAAAAUGGUCGAGAUAAAGAAAAAGAAAAGGACAGAAGUAAUAACUCAGAGGAAAAGAAAUUUUCUGGUCAUUCCGAUGUUCAGAAUGGGGAGAAAAUCUCAGAUGAGAAGAAACUUCCCGGAAAAUCUGAAGGUCACAGUGCGGAGAAGUUUAUCCAGAAAGAGAAGGUUAGGGAUAAAGAUCGAAGCAGUUUGUCAGGUGAGAAGAAACUUGCUGGGCACAUUUCAGGUUAUAAUGGAGAGAAGAUUGGCCAGAAUUGUCAUCUGGCUGAAGAUUUCCGGGAUUCUAAAUUUGUGCAGGAGUUGGCGGGGAGGGUCAGAGAUGAAGGUGCAGGAGCUAGAAGCGAAUUGGUGGAUAAGUUUACGGGUAGUGACCGGAAAAAGGAUGAGGGAAUGGUCAGUUUUGUGGCUAAGACUGCUAAUAAAUUGGCUGAAGAGAAGGAAAAGACCAAGAAAAGUGAUGAUAGGAAGUUCAAUGUGCAAGGAAUCGAGGAGGAAACGAGAGCUGGUGGAAAUGCUAUGGUUUCGAACCUUUCUGCAGCAAAUAAAGCUAGAGUUGAAGGGAUCCCCAAUCAAGUGGAGAAUAAUGCCGAGAGGCGCGGGGAAGGGAAAGAAAAAACCAAAGAAAAAGGAGAUGAUAAAAUCAGGGAUAAACGCAGGGAUAAACACAGAGAGAAGAAAAGUCACAGAAAAGCCAAGGAUAGGGACAAAGCGAAGGAGGAGAAGGCGAAGGCAAAAGGUGAACAUAGGAAUUUGGAGUUGGAUAACUUAAAAGGAAGCAACAGAGAUGACCCUCUGAAUACCAUCAGGUUGCAUCCUUCUAAGGAGGGAAACAAGGAUGCCAUUGCUGAGGAAAAUCUCCGCAAGCGGAAGGACUUGGAGAAAAACGGAUUUUUUCAUGUUGAUGAUGUUAGACCCAAUAAGUUGCCCAAAAUUUCUUCUUCUCAAAUGUUGACGGGCAACGGAAAGACAUUGGAGUCUUGUCAAGCUCCCAUUCCACUUACUUUAGAUAGCAAGGGACCAGGAACCAGUCCUAGAGUCGAGAAUAAAGAACGCAAGGUGAAUGGUAUUGUUGAAGCUCAGUUGUCAUCUGUCUCCCCAGCAAAGCAUUUAUCAUCAAGUGCACAAGCUAGUCAAAUCGAUGUAGUUUCUACCAAACCGCCCCAUCCGGAUUCAAAGUAUUUGAGCCAGGUACUUACUGUGCCCAAAAUGGAAGAAUGGUCUGAUUUUGAUGAGCAAUCGUGGUUAUUUCAGAAUACCGAAUCUCAAUCAAAGAAACCCAAGGUGGGAUUUUCGCAGAUUGACGAGCCACCACAAGUAUGGGCAGAGGCUCUGCAGAUAGAUUCGGUUGAUGUUUACGCUCUCCCAUACGUUAUUCCAUAUUGAUUUUCUUUAUUAGUGGGCACAUGGUUAACCUUCCUACACUGCAGCUGGGUUUUGCCCUUUGGGGGCAGAUUCUUUGGUUUUUCUAUUCAGCAUUCUUUUGUUGUUGAUCUCGAGUGUUGCAGUGAAUGCUUUUGAACGACUGGCUGCCAAACUGAUCUGUCACGGCAACCAUCGCUUGGCCUCUUAUCGGGCCAUUCCACCGCCUGGAAGUGUAAGCUGCGUAUUUGCAUCCUAGCACGAGACUACUAAUUCAUGCAAUUCACACGAAGAGAUGGAAGCACACAACCGAACACAACCAAACGAGGGUGCCUUAGGAAAAGGUAAUUUAUAAGCUUGUGCAUUCUUAUUCGAAUUGCUUAAGCUGAUACGCUCUUUCUAAUUGAGAUUGCGAGAGAAACUGGCUGUGGGGUCUUUGCAAUUCCACUGCAAUUUUGAUUUGUAACAUAUAACUCUUAUUUUUACAAUAAAAUGUAA